AUUACACCGCCCGAGUGCUUGACAACCUCCGGAGCGUUGCGUUAAUUUUGUUUUCCCGAACAGCGAGUUCUGGGGUUUUUCUUUUUUGGUGAUGGUGGUGCUGUUGGGGUUUUGUUUAUUUUUGUCUUGAAGAAAGUGAAGGUGGUGAAAUCUCCAAACUAAAUGCUAUCGAAAUGGCUACAGAAAUCGACUUUCUGAGAGAUCAAAAUCACCGACUAAAUGAAGUUCUUAGACAAUAUCAAAUGGAAAAAUUUUCCAAAUGUUCAUCGGUGCAGAAAGCUGUCUUGAAAGGAGAUGGGGAUGACACAUUAGAAAACACAAUAGUUGAUCAAAGCUUUUUAUCUCCUCUUAUUAUUGAGUAUGAUAAGCAUCUGGAAGAGCUACAGGGGCAGCUGAAGUAUUAUCAGAAACAUAUGGGUGAGAUGAAACUACAGCUUGAAAAUGUCAUCAAGGAAAAUGAAAGGUUGCACAGCGAAUUAAAAAAUGCUGUUGAAAAGCAACUGGAGACCCUUCCCUUUGGCAUAGAUACGGGAAAUGAUAUGUAUACAGAUGAUGAAACAGCCAAGAAUUUACGAGAACAAUUACAACUAGCCAAUCAAGAAAAAACUCAGGCUAUGGAACUCUGGCAGACUGUUUCUCAGGAGCUGGACAGACUUCAGACACUUUACCAGGAACAUAUGACUGAGGCCCACAUUCAUGUAGUUGAAAGUCAAAAACAAAAGGAUCAAUUGACCAAAUUUCAACGGUUGACCAAGCAGCUUCAUGUAACUAAUGAGAACAUAGAAAUGAGUAACCAACACUUUCUGAAAGCAAUAACUGAACAAAAUGUGGAAAUUGAGCGACUCCGAAAACAACUGAGGCAAGGCAAGUUAGAUCUGACAGUUGCAGUAGCCAAAGUGAAAGAGUUAACUAUCUUGACGGAAGAUCUUCAAGGACAAAUCCAAAAGAAGGAGGAGGAUAUGUUGUCUGCUCAAGGAAGAGAGGAAGCAUCAGAUAGGCGUUUACAGCAGUUACAAUCUAGUAUAAAACAAUUAGAAACAAGACUCUGUGUAGCAAUCCAAGAAGCCACCCAAUUAAGAACACAAAAAGCACAUUUGGAAAACCAGACCAGAGAAUUACACGCAAAGUGCAAGGAAUUAGAAAAUGAAAAAUAUGAAGCUAUUGUAAGAGCCAGAAAUAGCAUGCAGCUUUUAGAAGAAGCUAACCUUCAAAAAAAUCAGGCUCUACUUGAGGAGAAGCAAAAAGAACAAGAUAUAGAGAAAAUGAAAGAAACGGUCUCUCGGGUUACACAAGAUGCUGCCAUAAGAAUCAGGAAAGAAGUUGCAAGUGCAAGAAAACAGUAUAACAUACAGAUUUCUCAACUAACAGAAGAACUUUCAGCCCUUCAAAUGGAAUGUGGUGAAAAACAAAGCCAAAUUGAACAAGCCAUUAGGGAGAAAAAAGCCGUGGAAGAAGAACUAGAAAAGAUUUACCAUGAAGGCAGAGUAAAUGAAAGUGAUUACAGAAAACUAGAAGAAAUGCACCAAAGAUGCCUGCUUGCAGAGCGUUCAAAAGAUGAUCUUCAACUAAGACUUAAGACAGCAGAAAAUAAAAUAAAACAACUUGAAAUAAAUUCCUCGGAAGAGAUAUCACGUUGCCAAGAAAUGAUUCAGAAACUUCAAAACGUAUUGGAGUCUGAGAGAGAGAACUGUGGAUUUGUCAGUGAACAAAGGCUGAAACUUCAGCAAGAAAAUGAACAGUUACAGAAAGAGACUGAAGAUUUAAGAAAGAUUGCUCUCGAGGCUCAAAAAAAAGCCAAAUUAAAGAUCAGUACAAUGGAACAUGAAUUUUCAAUAAGGGAACAUGGAUUUGAAGUUCAACUGAGAGAGCUGGAAGACAGUAAUCGAAAUUCCACUGAUGAGCUGAGGCAUCUCUUAGUGACUCAACAGAAAGCAGCCAAUAGGUGGAAAGAAGAAACAAAGAAACUUACUGAAAGUGCAGAAAUUAGAAUCGGUAAUUUAAAGAGUGAGCUGAGUCGACAGAAACUUCAUACCCAAGAGCUGCUUUCUCAGCUGGAAAUGGCAAAUGAAAAGGUAGUUGAGAAUGAAAAACUAAUUCUAGAGCAUCAAGAAAAAGCCAACAGACUUCAAAGGCGUCUAAGUCAGGCAGAACAGAGAGCGGCUUCAGCUUCCCAGCAGGUAUCUGCAUUUUUAAAGUCAUAAAGUCAAUAACAAACUGAGAAAAAUACCUGCAAAACAUGAGACAAAAGUAAUAUUCUUAACAUGUAUGUAAAGAAUGGGUAAGUCAACAAAAAAAGUGCAACAGUACAAUAGAAAAGAAUAAAAAAUAUUCACAGAAAAGACAGAUGGCUUUUAAACAUUUGAAAAGGUGCUCAUCCUCACCCAUAAGACAAACACAGGCUUAAACCAUAAUCACAUACCAUUUUUCACCAUUUCACGAUCAUGUCAGAUCAUGAAGUCUGAUAAUACAUUAUGCUCGCACUUGCACACAUCACAGAUGUAAAUGUAUGUUGGCGCAAUUUCUUGGAGCCAUGGUUUGGCAGUAUCUUUCAAAAAAUUAUGAUGUUUAUCACCUUUGACCCAGUCGUUCUAAGAAUUUAUUCUGCAGCUGGUGUACUUGCACCUGAGCAAGUCUGUGCAGAGAAGCAUGUCAAAAUACUAAUUGCAGCAAUGCCUAUAAUUUUAAAAGAUUAAAAGCCAUCUAAAUGCCCAUCAAUAGGAAACCAGUUAAAUUAUGACAUAUCCAUACAGGGAAGGUUUGCUGCUGUUAGGGAGAAUAAAGUAGGUCUCACAUGGAGUCAUUGGUACAGUAGAUCAUUUGGAAGGAAAAAAAAGGUGAAAAACAUGUACAGUACUUUAUCAUUUUUAAAAUAAAAAGAGGUGAGGAAAUAUAUGUAUCUAUUUUCAUUUAGAAUGUAUUUCUAGAAAUAUACUUAGAAAAUGGAAAUAGUGGUUGUAUCUGGAAAGAGGGCUAUAGGAUGAAGAACAGCAGUGAGAAAUCUUCUUUAUAAUGCAUACUCUAUUGUACUAUUGGAUUUUUUUUUUUUACUUUGUGUAUAUAAUAUCAACUCCAAUUGAUAUUUGAAGACUACUUAUGUAUUAGAGCGUUCUUAUUAUGAUCUGUCAUCAUCUUAUUACCAACCUAGUGUUGUGCUUGAUCACACUUAAUUUGUAUUUUACUCACUUUUCUAGUUAACUUUUUAUUUAGAUGGUUUGCAUCACUGAAAUAUGCUUUGGAAUUCUAAGUACUAUAUAUCACUCUUAGCUAUGGAAUGUCAUAUUUGACAUAUAUAUCUCUAGUGUAAUAUGGGUAUUUUAAAGUCUCAAGUGUAAAACAGACAUGAACACCAAAAAUGACCUCUUAUAGGACCCCCUCCAGUAAGAUUAUUUUCAAUAAUUGUUAAGUUUUGAUGCAUUAUACUUUGUAUUAGUAUAAGAUUUUCAUAGAAAAAGUAACUACUUACUGAUUGUCUAUUUUAAUUGCAGCUCAGUGUGAUUACAGUGCAGAGAAGAAAAGCAGCCUCCAUGAUGAAUCUGGAAAAUAUUUAAAAAUAUUCAUAGCUCACUCGCAGAACUUUAGAAUUGGGAAAGCUGUUGGACUAGAAGUGUAUUGAAAUGGUAAAAACCUGCAGAGAAUGGUUAAGGCUUGUGCCAUUUUGCAUAAGCAUUUUCCAUUCUGUUUUGAGGGUUAUUGGAAAACAGAACAGUGGCAGCUUCCUGUAAGUAAAGAAAAGAUAACCUUAUAUUGAGCUUCAGUGGAGAAUAAAGCCAGCUGAGAAGAAUUCAUUGCCUUCAUCAAUAUGUCUGUUUUUCAAUUCCCCCUUUCUUCCCUUGGAAGACCGUAAUAAUUUUCAAGCUAUACUAAUCAUGAGAAAGAGAUUUUUUAAGACAAUGGUAGAAUUCUAAUAUUUCAGGUUCCAUGAUUUGAGAAUUUCACAUCUAAUUGUUACUCGUAACUCAUUUUUUUAAGUUCCCAAGUAUCCAUUUUAUUAUAAACUCAUAAAUGUAAUAAAUUAUGCACUUUCUAAAAUGAUGCUGUGAU